AUGUCGAUCAAUUUUCUACGUGAUUUUUCUCUACCAGAAGACUAUUUCUUAUGCAAAUAUGAUGAAAUUGAGGGGGCAAAACCUAUUUGUAGUUACGAACUUUAUAACCAAACAAAACAUAUUCCUUUACCUUGUUAUAAUGAAGAGAGGUGGAAACGAAUUGAAGAAGCACUUGAGUGGAUAGCCAAUGUCGGGGAAGCUUUGACUUUUUUCGAUUUCAAGACCAAAUUUCUUUCGUAUCUCAAUUUUUCUGCCGAACCCGAUCUCAGCGUUAUUGCUUCUUUAUUUAACCAAGAUUCCUCUGCUUACUUCAAUAAACGUAUUUUAUCAUCAAUUGCUCGGCUAGCACUUGAAUUACCCAAACAAAUAAAGCAACCAAUACGAGCUCUUAGAAGGGAGGAAAAUGGCUCUCUAACUUUAAGUCAACUUCAGAUUGCUUCACUUUUAGCAAAUGCUUUUUAUUCAACUUUUACUGCUCGAAAUUUUGGAGAAUUUAAUAGAAUUAAUUUUAUCAGGCUAUUUACUCGCAAAACUCCCAAGGCAGCAGAAAAAUUGAAAUGUAUUCUGCACUAUUUUUUUCAAUUUUUUAAAAAUCCUCCAACUGGGACAGUCUCGAUUAUUCGUCAAAAACUUAAUUGUGAAAUGGAACCAAAAUGGGAUGAAAUUGAAUUUCCUUUAGUUAAUUUGAAUGCUUUACCCAAUGGAAGAAUAGAAAAUGAGGGAGAAAAGAUGACUCAAGUAGAUUUUGCAAAUGAAUAUAUUGGUGGGGGUGUACUUGGAUAUGGACUUGUACAGGAAGAAAUUCGUUUCCUAAUAUGCCCAGAAUUAAUCAUUUCUUGCCUUGUUUGUGAAAAGAUGGAAAAGAAUGAAGCAAUAUUAAUUAUUGGAGCGGAAAGGUAUUCAGAUUAUCAAGGUUAUGGAAGUACUUUUUGUUGGAAAUAUCGUCAAAGAGAUGUUUCUUCGCAAAGAGAUGCCAUGGGAAGAGUAAUGUCAGAAUUAUUAGCAAUUGAUGCACUCAACUUUACCCAUCCUUUGGAACAAUUUUUUGAAGGAUAUAUUCGUCGUGAACUUCGCAAAGCAUUUAUAGGAUUUGCGAUACGUACAGCUUGGAGUUUUGAUCAAAUAGCUACAGGCAAUUGGGGAUGUGGAGUUUUUGGAGGAGAUUUGCACUUAAAAAGUUUGUGGAAUUUUUUUUAUGUUAAGCGGACCUCUCAUAAGAUUAGGGCUGAAAAGAGGGCUUGGUACCUCCUCCGCCCACCAGUCGGCCAAAUUUUAGAAAUAUUUUAUUUGAGAGGUAUCUUAUAUUUGGAGUAUCUUAAAUAG